AUGAACUCCGCCUUGAGUUCCUUCUGCUACACAGUAGUACCAGCCGCGCCAACUGCCACUGCAUCGGUGACAACAAAUUCAAGUCAUCAGCAACCGCAAUAUAUUAAACAUGCUCGAUCAUCGCCACGUCCGUCCCAGUCGACCGCUCCAUAUCCAUCGCCAACGUACCAUCACAAUUAUAGCAGUAGCCCGAAUACGUGCAUAAGCAGCAAUGGCAACGGCAGUACCACUAGCAACACAUGCAGCAAUCAAAGCAAUUCCAUCAUACCCAAUAACAGUGCCAACAAUAUGCUCCAGCAACUGUCUCAACAAAAUGUCACGGUGACGGCGCAUAACAGUGCCCAUCACAACCAGCAGCAAGAACAUCAACAAGUACCGGCAGUAACUAUCACGCCAAAUUAUCCAAGCCAUCAGCAGCAACAACAGCAAUCGCAACUGCAGCACAUUCAUGGUCAUCAGCAAACGACGCAUUCAAACACUGCCGGCGCUAUAGUGACACUCCCCACCACACAUAUAAACCACCUACCGCAACAGCAACAACAGGCAUCUCAUCACCAUCAACAGCAGCAUGCACAACAUGUAGCAGUUGCCACAACAACUAAGCACUCACCGAACUCACCAAAUAGACGCACUCGAGGCGAGAACAAGAAGUGCCGCAAAGUAUAUGGUAUGCAUCGUCGUGAUCAAUGGUGCACUCAGUGUAGGUGGAAGAAAGCUUGUAGUCGAUUCGGUGACUGAAA